AUGAGGAGCUUAGGGCAGGUGGUAGAUGUUAAGAGGGUCAGUGAUAGGCUGAUGACGAUUAAGUUGGUCAUUGGGGGAUUUACAUUGCAUGUGUGUAGUGUUUAUACGCCGCAGGUGGUCUUGGAAGAGGAGGUGAAAACGAGGUUUUGCGAGGCGUUAGAUGAGGUGGUGAGAAGUGUUCCUAGUUCAAAGAAGAUUGUUAUAGCAGGGGAAUUUAAUGGGCACAUUGGGGUUUUUCUGGGAGGUUAUGAUGAUUCUUCUGGUGAUGGACUUGAUUAUCAAGAAGAGCAAGAUGAAAAGGGUCGGGGAGGGGCUGCCAGUUGCAUCACGGAGUCGGCUAGAGAAGUGUUAGGUAUUUCGAGGGGGCAGGUAGGACGACAUAAGGGGGAUUGGUGGUGGAAUAAAGAAGUUAAGAAAAAAGUUGAGAGUAAGAAGGGGGUGUAUGUUAAGCUAAUUGAGAGUAAAGAUGCAGAAGAGAAGCGGUUGAAUAGAAAGGUUUACAAAGUAGCAAGAAAAGAGUCUAAGCUAGCAGUUAUGGCUGCUAAGACAGCAUCGUUCGAGAGCUUAUGUUUUAAGUUUGAGGAUGUCAUAGAGGCUAUUCGUAAGAUGCAGAGGGGGAGGGCGACGAGGCCUGAUGAGAUUUCGAUGGAAUUUUGA